CAGAGGCGUGGCCGCGUCAAACAUGGCCGCCCCCGUUGCGUGUGUCGUUUUCGCCUCACGUUGAGAGUGUAUUAUUGCCUGUUAAUUACGAUCGACUUGGAGAAAAUGGCAUCAUAUAUUGAGGAUAAGGAAAAGGAAGAUGUAGAAAAAGAGUCAGACAAUGAAGAUGGAGACAACAAAGAGGAGGAGAGCGUGACAAUGGAAGCAGAAGGAGAAACAGAAGAUGCCAGAGAAGAGGAUAAAAAUGGAGGAGACUCAGAAAAAGAAGACUACAAUGAUGAUGAUGAAGAAGACGAGUCAGAACAACCCGAAGUCGAAACGGAGAAAAAGCCAGACCAAGUAAAAACGCAGCCGGUUGUCCUGAACUUGAACAAUGAGGUGGUGUUAAUGAGAAAAGAGGUGAAGCGAGUGAGGGCACUGCUCAGCAGGAAGAUCAUUCGACAAAUUGCUCAGCUGAAGAAAAAGAAGGGGACUGAAGUGGCUGUUGAGAAGAAUCAGAAGAAAGCCGCCAGAUUACUGGAGGAGAUCCACGCAAUGAAAUCUCUCCAACCGGACCUUGUCACCAAAAUCGCCUUGCAGAAGGAUCUCAAUUUCAAUGAAGUGUGCAAGAACCCAAAGUCCACCAUGUCCGACAGAGCCGUAGCUCGCAUCGCCUGCCACCCGCAGUUCAAGAAAAAGAUCGAGGACAUUCGGGCGGCCGUGAAGGCGUUCAGCGAGCAGAGGAAAAAGAAGCAGGUGCAACAGAAGGAGAAAAAUGACCAAGUAACGGUAGCUGUGGAAUCACCCGUAACGGUAGCUGUGCAAUCACCGGGCGGUAAGCCUAAAAAGGUCAACAAGUGGAAGACAGUGAUGCGAGAAAAACGUUCCAAAAAAGUGAAGAAAAUCACUAAAGGUGACGACAAAGACACCAAAGAUCAAACUACUUCUGAACCUGAUGGGGAAAAAAUGGAAUCCACUCAAGAUGCUCCUGCUGUUGAGAAGAAACUAAUAGUGGAGCCUAAUAUUGUGCAACCAGCAUCGGUCAAAAAGAGUGAGCCAAAAGAACGAGUAACGAAGAAACCGCCAGCUCAGGCUCAGGAGAAGAAACCCGAGAAAAUCACGAAAGAUGAUGACCAAGACACACAAGAUAAAAAUACUUCUUCUGAACCUGAUGAGGAAAAAAUGGAAUCCACUCAAGAUGCUCCUGCUGUAGAAAAGAAACCAAUAGCGGAUUCUAAAAUUGUCCAACCGGCAUCGGUCAAAGAGAGCGAGCCAAAAGAACAGGUAAACAAGAAACAGGCUCAGGAGAAGAAACCCGAGAAAAUCACUAAAGAUGACGACAAAGACACAAAAGAUAAAACUACUUCUGAACCUGAUGGGGACAAAAUGGAAUCGACUCAAGAUUCAGCUCCCAUUGUUGAAAAGAAACUAACAGCGGAGCCUAAAAUUGUCCAACCGGCAUCGGUCAAAAAGAGCGAGCCAAAAGAACAGGUAAAGAAGAAACCCGAGAAAAUCACCAAAGAUGACGGCAAAGACACAAAAGAUAAAACUACUUCUUCUGAACCUGAUCUGGAAAGAAUGGAAUCCACUCAAGAUGCUCCUGAUGUUGAAAAGAAAUUAACAGCAGAGCCUAAAAUUGUCCAACCAGCAUCGGUCAAAAAGAGCCAGCCAAAAGAGCAGGUAAAGAAGAAACCGCCAGCUCAGACUCAGGAGAAGAAACCCGAGGUGGUGUCCAAGCCGACGAAACAAGAAGAAAGCGAAUCCGAUCUCUCUGACGACGAGGGCAAACCGUACUUUGAUGACAGUACUGAGGAACGAUUCCGCAAGCGGUCGUCCCAGGAGGAGAGCGACAAUGACUUUUUUGUUGGCAAAGUGAGCAAAUUUAAGAAAAAGAAAAGCAAAAACACAGACGGCGACAAGACUGAAGAGGAUUUCGGCGGAAAAUCAAAGACUACCGACAAGCUUGAGUGUGAACUCGGCGAGCUUGAGUCGCGCUUAAAAUCGAAAGCGCCCAAAUUUCAGACUGUCUUCUGCUCUUUGUCUGAAACGAGACCCGGUCGGGGCGGAAGGGGGAAGCCGUUUAGGGGUCAAGGGAGACCGACGGGCAUGGGCCGUGCCGAUUUUGAUAAAAACAAAAGGUUCCACAAAGAAGACGGAGACCAAACCAGGAACCCAAGGUUCAACAGACGUUUUGAUUCAGAGAGACCAAACUUUCGAGGGCGUGGCCGAGGCGAUGCUGCGAGGCAGCAGGACCGGCGUGGCCCGGGCGCCGUUGCCCAGCAGGAACCACAACAGGCCCUGCAUCCAUCAUGGGAGGCCAGUAAGAAGAGAAAAGAGCAGCAAGGAAAAAUUAUGGCUUUCCAAGGGAAGAAGAUCAAGUUUGAUGAUGAUGACUGAGCCAUAUAUUGCAAUCAAGUGUUUUUUUUUUUUUUUGCGCCUUUCUGGGUGUCUUCUUUCAGAUCAUUUAUGGUAAAAAUGUUAGACAAACCUAAAAAUUGCUUAUAUUUACAGGUCAUGUUAAUAAAAUACCUUUUUAUAUGUUG